AUGUCAGUUCACGAGUCUGCUCCAGAGGCCACUCCAGUCCAUGAGGCUGCUCCAGUCUAUGAGUCCGCUCCAGAGCUUGCUCCAGUCCACAAGUCCAUUCCAGAGGCCACUCUAGACCAUGAACCCACUCCAGAGCCUGCUUCACCUGCUUCAGUCCAUGAGUCCACUCCAAAGUUCAUUCUAGUCCAAGAGCCUGCCCCAGUCUAUGAGUCUGCUCCAGAGCUUGCUCCAGUCCAUGGGUCUCCUCCAGAGGCCACUUCAGUCUAUGAGCCCAUUCCAGUCCGUGAUUCCACUUUAGAGAUUGCUCCAGUCCAUAAGUCUGCUUCAGAGGUCUCUCCAGUCCAUAAGUCUGCUUCAGAGAUCACUCCAGUCCAUUGGCCUGCUUCAGUCCAUGAGUCCACUCCAGAGCUUGCUCAAGUCCAUGAGUCUGCUCCAGUCCACGAGUCCACUCCAGAAUUCAUUCCAGUCCAUGAGCCUGCCCCAAUCCAUGAGUCUGCUCCGGAGCUUGCUCCAGUCCAUGAGUCUCCUCCAGAGGCCACUUCAGUCUAUGAGCCAGUUCCAGUCCAUGAUUCCACUUUAGAGAUUGCUACAGUCCAUAAGUCUGCUUCAGAGGUCAAUCCAGUCCAUGAGUCUGCUCCAGUCUAUGAGUCCGCUCCAGAGCUUGCUCCAGUCCACAAGUCCAUUUCAGAGGCCACUCUAGACCAUGAACCCACUCCAGAGCCUGCUUCAGUUCUUGAGUCCACUCCAGAGCAUGCUCCAUUCAUUCCAGUCCAUGAGCCUGCCCCAGUCUAUGAGUCUGCUCCAGAGCUUGCUCCAGUCCAUGGGUCUCCUCCAGAGGCCACUUCAGUCUAUGAGCCCAUUCCAGUCCGUGAUUCCACUUUAGAGAUUGCUCCAGUCCAUAAGUCUGCUUCAGAGGUCACUCCAGUCCAUAAGUCUGCUUCAGAGAUCACUCCAGUCCAUUGGCCUGCUUCAGUCCAUGAGUCCACUCCAGAGCUUGCUCAAGUCCAUGAGUCUGCUCCAGUCCACGAGUCCACUCCAGAAUUCAUUCCAGUCCAUGAGCCUGCCCCAAUCCAUGAGUCUGCUCCGGAGCUUGCUCCAGUCCAUGAGUCUCCUCCAGAGGCCACUUCAGUCUAUGAGCCAGUUCCAGUCCAUGAUUCCACUUUAGAGAUUGCUACAGUCCAUAAGUCUGCUUCAGAGGUCAAUCCAGUCCAUGAGUCUGCUCCAGUCUAUGAGUCCGCUCCAGAGCUUGCUCCAGUCCACAAGUCCAUUCCAGAGGCCACUCUAGACCAUGAACCCACUCCAGAGCCUGCUUCAGUUCUUGAGUCCACUCCAGAGCAUGCUCCAUUCAUUCCAGUCCAUGAGCCUGCCCCAGUCUAUGAGUCAGCUCCAGAGCUUGCUCCAGUCCAUGGGUCUCCUCCAGAGGCCACUUCAGUCUAUGAGCCCAUUCCAGUCCGUGAUUCCACUUUAGAGAUUGCUCCAGUCCAUAAGUCUGCUUCAGAGGUCACUCCAGUCCAUAAGUCUGCUUCAGAGAUCACUCCAGUCCAUUGGCCUGCUUCAGUCCAUGAGUCCACUCCAGAGCUUGCUCAAGUCCAUGAGUCUGCUCCAGUCCACGAGUCCACUCCAGAAUUCAUUCCAGUCCAUGAGCCUGCCCCAGUCCAUGAGUCUGCUCCGGAGCUUGCUCCAGUCCAUGAGUCUCCUCCAGAGGCCACUUCAGUCUAUGAGCCAGUUCCAGUCCAUGAUUCCACUUUAGAGAUUGCUACAGUCCAUAAGUCUGCUUCAGAGGUCAAUCCAGUCCAUGAGUCUGCUCCAGUCCAUGAGUCCGCUCUAGAGCUUGCCCCAGUCCAUGGGUCCACUCCAGAGAUCACUCCAGUCCAUGAUUCUGCUCCAGAGCUUGAGCUUCAGUCCAUGAGCCCACUCCAGAAGCCACUCCAGUCCAUGAGUCCGCUCUAG